UUUUUUUUUAGAUACCAUUUUAGUUAAGAGCCGAAUUGGCCGCCAGAGUUUUUGUCUAGAAAUCCUCAUUGCUCAUGACUUUUCCCCGAUUGGUCCACAUCAACCAGCUUCCGUAUGCACCAUGAUUACGAUCAGCCGUUGUUUUUGGCACUUUGCUUUUGUAUCUCGUCAAUACAACAGCGCGAGAGAAGAAAGGCCGGAGGAGAAAACACGAACACAAGAUGAGGGGUGGGACAAACACUAUCACCAAACAGUAUCACCAGCGAAGCGUGGCAUGAGCCAGAUGGAGGGUGAUGAUGGUGAUGAUGAUGAAUAACAG